GACUUUUUCUGCAGUCAUGUCUUGACAAUGUCAAGACGCAGAAGUUCUGAAAUUGAGCAACAAAUUAAAUCACCAUCGCCUUUUAGUAUAUAAACAAUUAAAAAAAAGUCGAAUUAAUAAGAACGAAAAUUCCGGUUAGGUCGGUAAAUGUUUAAAAUGGUAAAAAAAUAAUGUGGAAAUUAUUCCAUGCUAUCAGGUUGUUCAUAUUUUUACCUUUACCCUCGUUACUGAUAACGUUUCAUUUUUUAUUUACUGUACUGUCAAUUUUGGAACGCUUAAUUAACAACUCGUCAUACGCGAUGAAUAUGAACAAAUAAUGAAAAAGAACAAAAAGAGUAUGGUUAUAUUUUAGUUUACCAAUUUUCUGCCAUUUCUUAUUAAAGGAUAAGUAGGGCACUUGCUUGGAAACAAUUAACCGAUUGAGCGUAAUGCGUGCCCUGCACAUGUUUCAUCGUUAUAGGCAAUCAUUGUUCAUUCCUGAAGUAAUAAUUAUUGUGUCUCACAUAAAUAGACGUAAUGAGGAUGUCACUGUACCGAGGAUGUACUCAGUCGAUCAUGCUUUGCGGAUGGAGGACGUUAUCUCGACGCGAGUCGUCGGUGCUGGAAAUAAUUCCAGUGAUUAGGAAAAAUUCAGCGAUUGAAGAUCAGGAAGAUCGGGAAGAUCGAGUGGUCCAGUUAAAAAAGGAUAAUCGAAAGUCCAUCCAGUCAUGGUUAUAGAGUUGCUGUUCCUGGCCCUCUAUUGCGUCUGCGAGGGCACCGAUUGCCCAGAAGUCACGAAGGAAUGCUUCGAUCCGGAUUCCCAAAGCCAAGGAUCAUCUUCCACGACUUUGGAGGACAUCGAGGGAAGAAUAUCCAGACUGGAGAGAAGACUCAGGGCAGUCGAACAACCAGUUUGGCAGAUCAGAGGAAAACCUGGAGACUGGGAAAUCUGUGCCGAAGGACCUUGUCGCUGCAGACCGGAAACGAAGUCCUUAUCCUGUUGGAGGUUAGGACUUGCUGAUGUCCCACCUUCUCAGCUGGUGCCUGAAGAUAUCGUCAAGUUAGACCUUGGCAGUAAUCAGUUAUCAGCACUUCAUAGGGACUCGUUUUUGGACUUGACCCAACUGAACUACUUGGACCUCAGUGACAACUUCUUGGAGCAUCUUCCUCUCAGCCUCUUCUUCUCCCUCCGUGGGGUGACGCACAUGAGGUUGAGCAGCAAUCUUCUUCGAGAACUUCACCGGAACCAGCUGCUGAGGAUGCGUCGUCUCAGUGUACUGGAUAUCUCAGGGAACCGACUUCGCACCUUGCCGGAAGGGUUGUUCGCAUCGAACGACGCCUUGGUUUUGUUGGACCUGACCGGAAACCACAUCUCCUCGUUGCCUCCCAACAUCUUCCAGGGCUUGAACAACUUGGAAGAGCUGCUGAUCGCCAAGAACCACUUGCAGAGUCUUCCUGUCGGCGUCUUUCGGGAUCUCCUGAGCCUUGGACACCUCAGGAUGGAUGAGAAUAGGCUUAAGGAUCUUCCUGUUGGUGUCUUUGGGAACCUGAUCGAGCUGAGAGAGCUCAAUCUCAGAGACAAUAGGAUAACCGAGAUCCAGGAAGGAUCGUUGGCUUCUUUGGGGAGAUUGAACACUCUGGAACUCUCCAACAAUUUUGUGGAACGGAUACAUCCCAGGGCAUUCGCAGGAUUGGAAUCGUUAAAGGAACUCCAACUUGGGCAGAACCGAAUUAACACCUUGCCCCAAGAUUUGUUCCUGUCAGUGCCAGCCUUGGAACGGCUAAUUUUGUAUGCAAAUUCAUUGGAAACUCUGGGAGAACACGACUUUAAGGGCCUCGCCCGGCUGACUUCUCUCUUUCUUCAUGGAAACCGACUUAGGAUUCUGCAUCCUGGAUUGCUUAAAGAAAUCCCGAAAUUACAUAAGCUCCAAUUAGAGGCCAAUUACCUGACAUAUUUACCUGCUCAUAUUUUGGAUGCGACUCCGUCGAUACAACAAAUUCGACUAGCUCGAAAUCCCUGGCAUUGCGAUUGCGGUUCCGCAUAUUUAGCGAUGUGGCUGCGGAAAAGAUACGCGGAUUACGUCGCGGCGGCCGGAAAUCGACUUUCCGGAGUCGAUUCUUCCAAUUUUUGGGAAUUUGGAGCUGGCGCCGUUUGUAGAGGUCCUGGAGAUCUGGGAGGAAAACUCAUGGUUCAAUUGACUUUCCAUGAACUUUGCGAGGGACAAUGGGCUUCCAUGAAGGGCUUGGUUCCUCGACUUCCGGUCGACGUCAUCGCGACUUCCGCUUCUCCGGCGACGGACAAUUUCACGCAGUCGUUGUAAUUCCACAUUCGUUGUAUUGUUUACCCCAAGAAUUCUAACUUCAUUUGCGUUGAUUAAUACACCAGAGGCAAUUGCACUUGCACGGAUCAUUGUGGAGAGCUUUUGAAAAAUCACGUCCUUCAAGUUCCACAUUUAAUCUGGAGGCUUUCUAUUAAAAAUCUCUUUUCUUGUAUUCCACAAGAAACAGUGGGAAUAAAAUUGAAUUUAAUUUGAAAUUAUUUCUUUCAAUUGUGCCCAUAAUUAUGAAAGUGGUCUG